CGUGGCCCGAGGCCGCCGGCCGGAGACAGAGUGACGCUCCUCGCUUCCCUCUCACGCCAGUCCCAGCGCAGGAGACCCGGCGUCGUCCGUGAAUCUCGGGUUUGUCAAGUCACCUCGAGCGACUCUGAGAAGCCAGUUCUCCCACUAGGGACGGGGACUGUUCGUGGUCACUAGCCCUGAGAAAGUUACUCCGACACUUUGAUCCUCUGUCCAGGAUAAAAAGAAAAAACAGACAGCGUGAAGUGUGUUGAGGGAUCCCGUCAAGUGGGAAGAGACCUUUUCAGCGCGAGCGGCGAGUGCAGCCCAUUGACAAUUCGGCCCCGGAAAGGGUUAACUGCAUCCUGUCGAUUCGGUUUACAUGUAAAUAGAGAGCAGCUGCUCAGCGCGGGCCCCGGCUGGCUCUUUUAAGUUUUUGAUUGGUUGCCAAUGACAUCACCGCCCGUGUUAUAACACUAAGGACCCAGAGCGGCGUCGGAUAAACCCUCCUUAUAGAGAGGAGACCACGCCUUUGGCUCCUCCCCCCAGCCUCCCAUUGGCCGAGGGCCUCUGUGAGGUAGCGGUCGGCUUUCUCCGAAUUCCUAUUGGCCGGACGUACCGUCGGUCGGCGGCCGGCCCGCCCCUUCAGAACCUUACAUUUACAGUGUAGCAAAAGAGAAAGUAACUAUGUUGCUGCUGGAGAUCAAUGAAGCCAAGUGAAUGGGGGCUGAAUGUACGAGACCGUAGCCCAAGAGGAGCGCCAGAUGGUGGAGGGCUCCACUUAUUUAUGAAACUGUCUUGAGUUCUUCUUGAAUUGCCAGUUUUCAGCCUCCUCAUGCCUCCGUCUCCUUUAGACGACAGGGUAGUAGUGGCACUGUCUAGGCCCGUCCGACCUCAGGAUCUCAACCUUUGUUUAGACUCUAGCUACCUUGGCUCUGCCACCUCAGGCAAUAACAGCCACCCUCCUGUCAUCGCCACCGCCGUUGUGUCCCUUAAGGCUGCGAAUCUGACGUAUAUGCCCUCAUCCAGCGGCUCUGCCCGCUCCCUGAAUUGUGGAUGCAGCAGUGCCAGCUGCUGCACUGUGGCAACCUACGACAAGGACAAUCAGGCCCACACCCAAGCCAUAGCCGCUGGCACCGCCACCACCACCAUCGGAACCUCUACCACCUGCCCUGCUAACCAGAUGGUCAACAACAAUGAGAAUACAGGCUCUAUAAGUCCAUCAGGUGGGGUGGGCAGCCCUGUGUCAGGGACCCCCAAGCAGCUAGCCAGCAUCAAAAUAAUCUACCCAAAUGACUUGGCGAAGAAGAUGACCAAAUGCAGCAAGAGUCACCUGCCAAGCCAGAGCCCUGUGAUCAUUGACUGCAGGCCGUUCAUGGAGUACAACAAGAGUCACAUCCAGGGAGCUGUCCACAUUAACUGUGCCGACAAGAUCAGCCGGCGGAGACUGCAGCAGGGGAAGAUCACUGUCCUAGACUUGAUUUCCUGUAGGGAAGGCAAGGACUCCUUCAAGAGGAUCUUUUCCAAAGAAAUUAUAGUUUAUGAUGAGAAUACCAAUGAGCCGAGCCGAGUGAUGCCCUCCCAGCCACUCCACAUAGUCCUCGAAUCCCUGAAGAGAGAAGGCAAAGAACCUCUGGUGUUGAAAGGUGGACUUAGUAGUUUUAAGCAGAACCAUGAAAACCUCUGUGACAACUCCCUCCAGCUCCAAGAGUGCCGGGAGGUGGGGGGCGGCGCAUCUGCGGCCUCGAGCAUGCUACCUCAGUCUGUCCCCACCACCCCCGACAUCGAGAACGCAGAGCUCACGCCCAUCUUGCCCUUCCUGUUCCUUGGCAAUGAGCAGGAUGCUCAGGACCUGGACACCAUGCAGCGGCUGAACAUCGGCUAUGUCAUCAAUGUCACCACUCACCUUCCCCUGUACCACUACGAGAAAGGCCUGUUCAACUACAAGCGGCUGCCGGCCACUGACAGCAACAAGCAGAACCUGCGGCAGUACUUUGAAGAGGCUUUUGAGUUCAUUGAGGAAGCUCACCAAUGUGGGAAGGGGCUCCUCAUCCACUGCCAGGCCGGGGUGUCCCGCUCCGCCACUAUCGUCAUUGCGUACUUGAUGAAGCACACUCGGAUGACCAUGACUGAUGCUUACAAAUUUGUCAAAGGCAAACGACCAAUUAUUUCCCCAAACCUUAAUUUUAUGGGGCAGUUGCUGGAGUUUGAGGAAGACCUAAACAAUGGAGUGACACCGCGAAUCCUUACACCAAAGCUGAUGGGCGUGGAGACAGUUGUGUGACAACGGUCAGGACAGAAAGGAUUACGGCUCUCCAAGAGGAGGUGAAGAGGAAGGAGGAUGAAUUCUGUUUUUUUCUUUUCUCUUUGUUUUUUUUUUUUUUUUUUUUUAGUUGGGGUAAAGUUUGUGAAUGAAAACAAACUUGUAUAAAACUUUAUUUUUAACAAGUGUGAGAAGACUAUAAAUUUUGAUGCCAUUGAGAUUCACUUCCCACAAACUGAUAAAGCAGGGAGGCUAAAGAAAUAAUUUUUUAAGCCAACAAUAAAAAUAUAAUAAAACUUGGUUCUCCCCUUUUUCCUUCUAAGCUAUUUGUAGAGUUUAUGAAUAAAUAGUCUGUGCAGGUUCAUAGACCGAAGAUACUAUACUUUCAACCAACUUAAAUAAAAGAACCAAAAGUAAGUAGAAAGACAUUGUAUCAUAAAGGCCUGGGAUCUCUCUGCCUUGGCUUGUCCAUAUAAAACACAAAAUCCCAACCAAACCAAGCCCUGUUGUGCUCACUGGUGCAAAGAGAAGAUCGGGGCAGCUUAAGUGGUUUAAGUGGUCUAAGAACCCUUCCCACAUUCUCUUAAGAGACAAAGGAUACUAUUGAUUUUGUGUGUUUCAUGCUCUGUAUUUUUUUUUUUUCCUUCUCUAGUUUAAAAAAUUUUUUUUUUUUUUUUUUUUUUUUU